AUGAAAUUCACGCAGCAGCGCCAGUGCUUAAUAAUUGCGCCUUACAUUCUGCUAGCAUUGGGCCUCUUUACAUACUGGCGACCGCAACGCAAAGUUCGGAAUCAGGGUCCUGUGUUCACUAGUGAGCCUCACGGGCAACAUCGGUUCGAUGGGUCGUGGAACUAUGAACGCGAUAGGAACAACCUGCUUCUCACGCAUGGUCAAUGUGACCAGGCAUUCCCGGGGCUGUUUGCCGAAAUCGAUCGCGUGAAAGAAGCUCGAUCUUUACAUACGAUUACCGCGAAGGAAAUCGACACUGCGACAUCGCGGAGUGGAACUAUUCGAGCAAUGCUUUAUGAUCAGCAGCUGUAUAUAAUUACAAAAGAACGUACCGUCGGGUUGCGUGGAAUGGCAACUCUCGCUGCCAUCAACCGGGCAGUUAUCACCUCAUCCGAGCCAUUGCCAAACAUCGAAUUCGGGUUGAAUAUAGAUGACCAGAUUGAAGAUGUCGCUCUAUGGGGUACUGUACGACGCCCGGAAGAUGAAUCGAUAUGGCUGAUCCCCGACUUUGACUACUCGUCAUCUGACAAGAGUAGCUCUAUCAAGGAAACCCUUCUGAAGGUUGAAAUUGCAGAGAAAGAAGAUGCCUUAACGUGGGAAAAUAAGACAAAUCAAUUACUCUGGCGCGGUGACAGAAGAAAAGAACCCGACUUCCGCGAUCAACUCGUCAAACUCAUCAAUGGGAGGCCAUGGGCGGAUGUGAAGGAUUUUAGGGUUGAAGCGAAAGGAAGCAUGGAGAACCAGAACAAAAUUCUUCCAGAGCACUGCAAUUACAAGUUCAUUGCACAAACCGAGGAAAAAUCGGACUCGGGACUCAAGCACCUGCAAAUGUGCCGGAGCGUGGUAGUUUCGGAUAAACUAGAUUGGGUGCAGCACUACUAUCAUCUGCUGCGGUCAUCUGGCUCCCAGCAGAACUUUGUCGAAGUCGAGCACGAUUGGUCAGAUCUUGAAGAGAAAAUGGAAUGGCUGCUGAAUCACGACAACGAUGCCAAGCGCAUCGCGGAUAACAGUGUGAAGAUCUUCCGUGAGCGCUAUCUCACGCCGGCGGCUGAGGUAUGUUACUGGCGUCGGCUGAUCCAAGAAUGGGCUAGAGUCAGUGACUUUGAGCCCGAGCUUUAUGAAGAAUACGAUGGCAAAAAGUCAUGGAGAGGGGUGGAUGUUGAAAGAUUUUUCCUGAUGCAGUCAACGAGGUGGGAAUCAUAA